AUGGCCACAGUUUGGUACUUCAUCAUCCUCCUUGCAGCGUUAGUUAUCGCUGCUCCAAAUUCAAACUCAUCACCUGCUCUCCCUAUUGGCGCCCUGGACGCACAGGACGUGGCGCACUUCUUAGGCGUAUUCAGUGAUUUCAACAAAGACAGCAUAAAGGAUGCUCAUUACGCUUACAUUGGCAAUUCGGUUUUCAAUCGGAAUACCCUUGACGGCUUGUCCUGCGAUCACUUGAAGUCCCAUUUUGACUCCUCUGAUGCAGAGAUGCAAUACUACGCUCUUUCUGCUGCCAGGGGAGUCAAAUCCUGUACUCCCAAGGUUUCACAACCACACCAGCUGAAGGACGCCUUGAAGCAGGAAAAAUUAACAGUGGAUCAACUGUAUUACCUUGUCUCUAGUGCAAAUAUUGCUCUAGUCAGUAUUGACAAGGCGGUUGUGCUGAAACUGCUCACUGCCUUCGCUGCCAGAGAAACUGGACCAUCUGGGCUCUCCGCCAUACUUGCCACCGCGGCUAUCGUCAAAGGUGCAAAACCCAAAGAGCUGGAACCAUUUUCUCUCGUAGUUCCAAAACUUGUUGAACAAGCCGAUGAAGCUGAUGGCACUAUUCUUUUCUUUGAAAGGGGUGCUUAUACAACGGCCUUCGCGGUGGAAAGUAUAUUCAGUUUUGCGGCGGCUCUAAAGGAGGCACCCGCUUUAACUGAUCAACAGGUUAUAAAAUUCGGGAAUUUUUUGUAUGAAAGACGUCGCGCCCAUCAGAUUCGCACAGCAGCUCGUGUUGCGUCUGCUUUUAAAGUUUUGACGACGAAUCCCUUUGUGACUCCAGUGGUUGUGUAUGGGGCAACAGCUAGUGAACGAGCUGGAGUCUCAGAAAUCCUCGUGACAUCCUCGCGUCGUCUGCAUCUGCGCCUUUUUGACCUUCUUGGCGCACGAUUGGAUGCUACAAUGCGGGUUGAAGCGGGUGCUCUUUACUCCAACAACGAAACUGCUUCCAAUGCAUCCAUUGGUCCAUCUAACCUGGGAGAGAUCAAACGAGACAGUUCAAUUGACGCUUUUGAGUUAGAUUUGGAUGCGAAAGUGGGGGCUAUUCCGCGCGGCCGUUAUGCAUUGGAAAUAACCGCAACUCCGACACAAAAGAAUGCUUCAAAGGCGCUUCUAGCUGGAGUCGUGAAGUCGAGGAUCCCGCUGCGUGUGGUAUCUCCCUUGAAGGUGGAAAAGGCCCACAUUAAGCUGUCCGAUUCAACAAAAAGCCUUGUUGAUAGUCCCCUUGUAUUCCCUGGCAGCCGCUACUCAGAAGUGCUUCAGCUUCACCACGGCUCUCGUCUCCGUCUCACUUUCCUUCUUGAAGAUGUUGUUGCCGGGACAACAACAACCCCACCACCGCCACCACCUCAACAAGUCUUCAUCCAACUAACUCACAGUACCACUCAUCAGUCUGUCACGUACAUCGCAAAACGAUCGACCGUUGAUGGGACCUAUGCUUUCACUUUGAGUUUGGAUGCAGCUGUCGAGGACUUCGAUCGUGUCUCCGGAGUGUACACGAUGGAGGUGCUUAUUGGGGAUUCUCUAGUGGAGUCACCUAUUGUCUGGCAUGUGGCCGACGUCGACCUGCACUUCCCGUCGAACGAGGACUACCUUGUCUCCUCGUCCCAGCCGGCCUCCGAAGACGUUGCCCGUCUAACCGUGGCCUCGACCUCGGGUCGCAAACGUGCCGUCCAUCCCCUCAUCGGCGACCUUCCCAGCACUUCCAAGCCCCUGCUGGAACACACCUUCCGCACUCCAGAGCCUCGUCCCUCCGACUUGGUUGCAUUCACCUUCACCGCGCUCUGCUGUGCUCCCCUCCUCAUCCUCAUUGUCGCUUGGCCGCUGAUGGGAGCCAAUCUCUACAACUUCCCCCUCACUUUAUCGGCUCCGCUCUUCCACCUCGGUCUUGGAGGCAUCUUUGGACUCUACCUGCUCUACUGGUUCAAAUUGGACAUGUUUACCACUCUGCGUUACCUCUUCUUCCUUGGCAUCUUCACCUUUGUCACAGGCAACCGUCUUCUGCGCCACCUAGUCACUGAGCGACGCAAAUCCCAGAACUAG